AUGUCUUCGUCGGCGGUGAAGUCGGCGUUUCUGACCCUGAGGGAUGAAAACUCGGCUUCGCCACCAUGCGCCUCCAUCGUCUGCCUCCUUGACAAACUAAUUUUGUCCCCAUCCGACUCUCUCGUUGCUGCUGCGCCGCAGUUGCCACCUCACGAGCUAACAUCCGACUUGAUUCUGUUAUUGGAGUUGGCUCGCGACCUCUCUUAUUAUCAACAUGGAAUUGAAGAUGUUACUCAGACCUUCGUUAAAUUAUCUGCAUUGAACAACUUUGUCCUUGAGGCUGAACUUUGGAAACUGAAAGUUAGUGUUGUCGAGAUUCAAGUUAACAUCCAUGAAAUCAGUCAUUCCUCUUGUCUGGAAAUGAAUUCAACUAUGUGGGGCCUUGUGCUUGACUCUUUCAAGAGGAUAGUGCAGGUUUUCUUUGGCAAUGUUGAAACAGAGAGACCAAUCAUCAGAAAUGUUGCUCUAAUCAAACCCACCAAGAAUUGCUUAGAAAGUUUAAGGUUACUUUUUAGUUUAUAUCAGACAGCUGCUUCACUAUCUGAAAAUGGGCAACUGCUGAAUUUUGUUCUUGAAGUGGUUGCAUGUUUUCAAGGGGGCUCAAAGCAUUCUACAUAUUUUAGUGACAAUUAUUCAAUAUCUAGAGGAGUGUGUGAAGUCCUUACAAUUGCAUUUGCCAUGAUUGGUGAAGCUUACUCCAGAGUAGGUGCUUCUUUGCCAGUUGAAAUCUGGAAGUCAACGAUUGUGGUGACUGGAUUUGUAGCAUCAUUGAGAAUCUUUUUCCGCUAUGGCCUUGUAAAUAAGCCAUCAGUUAUGAAUCAACCAACUGAUCACUUGAAGGGAGUAGGAUUGACAAGCCAAAACAUGCCAUUUGAAGUAUCAAAUCAACCAAAAAGUGGUCCAUAUAGGCCUCCACACUUACGAAAAAAGGUUGCAGGAAAUCAACAGCGUAAACAUGAGGAAAGUCUAGUUUCUUCUGGACAUGAAUUUAUUUCAUCAGAUUCAGAUUGCAGUGAUAAUGAUGGAUCAGUGAUGGAUAACAGCAAAGCAUGUUUAGCUAAGGCGAGAUUAGCUGCAAUUAUUUGUGUUCAGGAUCUCUGCCGAGCUGAUCCAAAAUUGUUUACAACUCAGUGGACAAUGCUUUUGCCAUCCAAUGAUGAGCUACAACACAGGUUAAGCAUGCUCUCCUUCGCCUCUUGUUUAUUAUAUGCUGUGGAAUUACGAUAUGAGUUGCUUUCUUUCCGACCCUUCAUUAAGGUUUCGUCAUAUAUUCAUAUAGACAAAUGA